AUGGCGGACGAAACAUGGUCUAGGGCAAAACAGAAGCGCGUAAUGUUCUUCAUGGCCACCGUGUACACAACGGUUUCACCCGCCGGCUUCUUGACCAACAGUUUCAUCGCAUUCUCCUUCUACUUUUGCUUCUUGGCGGCCGCCUUACGAAUGGCAUCGACUGGAUCAGCAUCUUCAUCGCUAAUAUCGACAUUGGAAAGAACCUUGUCGUCUAAAAAAAACAGAUCGCUGAUGAUCGUCUUCACAAUACUGGAAUUGAUCUGCCAUGUCAUCACGUCGCUCUUGAUGUUCAUGUACCAAUGUAAAGUGUUGGGGAUCUUGAUCUUGUCGUCAAAGAACGAUGUCACGUUGCCGUGGGCAUCCUUUGCAAUCACCUCAACAGCGAAUUCUAAGGAGUGCGACGCCUGA